GAUAAGUUUGAUAAUAUUCACUCAUAUUCUCCAAAAAAAUGAAUUUGAAAUUAGUUUAUUUCUAACAACUGCGGAGAACGGUCGUUGUCGCACAACAACAUGUCGCUGUUAUCUUUUCUUUUAACAACUGUCAGCGGUCUGCUAAUCGCUCUAUUUCUACACUUACGCAGAAAGCUGACCUACUGGCAAAUGUUGGGGGUGAAGUGUGAGGAGCCUCACUUUAUACUGGGCAAUUUAAGAGGUUUGCAAACCAGCAGGGGUUUCCAUGAAAUCUGGCAAGAUUAUUAUGAUAAAUUCCGGGGUAGCGGACCAUUUGCGGGAUUUUAUUGGUUUUACAAACCAGCCGUAUUUGCAUUGGAGCCGCAGUUAAUAAAAAAUAUUUUAAUAAAAGACUUUCAACAUUUCACCGAUCGAGGUUUCUAUCACAAUGAAAAAGAUGAUCCCUUAUCGGGGCAACUGUUCCUGUUGGAUGGCUUGAAGUGGAAGAAUAUGAGAAAUAAAUUAUCGCCCACCUUUACCUCGGGUAAAAUGAAGUUUAUGUUUCCCACGGUCAUUAGGGUGGGUGAGGAGUUCAUAGAGGUUUUCGAUAAAAUGAUGAAGGAACAGCAAAAUAUUGUGGAGGUUAAGGAAUUACUGGCCAGAUUUACCACAGAUGUUAUAGGCACUUGUGCUUUUGGCAUUGAAUGCAGCAGUUUGAAAGAUCCAAAUGCUGAGUUUAGAGUGAUGGGCCGUAAGGCUUUGGUGGAGCAGCGCCACAAUCGUUUGGUUAUUGCCUUUAUGGCCAGUUUUAUAGAUUUGGCUCGCAAGUUGCAUCUCAAACAAACGCCAGAUGAAAUAGAACAGUUUUUCAUGCGCAUUGUUAGAGAAACAGUGGAGUAUAGAGAACAGAAUAAUAUACGGCGUAAUGAUUUCAUGGAUAUGUUGAUUGAUUUGAAAAAUAAGAAAUUGGUUAAAACGGAACAUGGUGAUGAGCUGACCAAUUUGACUAUAGAGGAAAUUGCCGCUCAAGCUUUUGUGUUCUUUAAUGCGGGCUUUGAGACUUCGUCAACGACCAUGGGUUUUGCUCUGUAUGAAUUGGCUCAAAAUGAGGAGGUGCAGGAAAAAGCUCGCCAGGAGGUAUUGAGGAAUUUGGAAAAGCAUAAUCAGCAGUUUACCUAUGAGUGCAUGAAGGAUAUGACCUAUGUGGAGCAAAUAAUGGCAGAAACCCUUCGCCUCUACACGGUUCUACCCGUACUCAAUCGCUCGUGCUUGGAAGACUAUGCAGUACCCGGUCAUCCCGAUUUUGUGAUUAAGAAAGGCAUGCCCAUUAUAAUACCCAUUGGUGCCAUACAUCGUGAUGAGAAAUAUUAUCCCGAGCCCCUUAAAUUCAAUCCCGAUAACUUCUCUGCAGACAAGGUGGCCCAAAGAGAUUCGAUAUUGUGGCUGCCCUUUGGCGAAGGACCACGCAAUUGCAUUGGUUUGCGUUUUGGUAAAAUGCAAACAAUUAUUGGUUUGGCUAUGCUCUUAAAGAAUUUCAAAUUUUCCGUGUGCUCUGAAACUGAAAUUCCCUUAACUCUUAGUAAAAAAAGUUUUCUUUUGAGCACCGAAAAGGGUAUAUAUCUGAAGGUUACUAAAGUGUAAUAAGUUAUAAAUUGCGUAUUUAGAAUAAAAAAAUAAAAUGUUGUCAUACUCAUGUUUGAAUGUAUUAUGUA